CGAGCCGCUCCCGGGACGCUCGGUGCAGGGACAGGUGACUAUACACGCAAAAUUUGGCAACAUUUAUCUCCCAGAGGACGCCGAGUUUUACUUUGUUUAUGAUGGAUCCCUGAAAAGACACACAAUGUUUGCUGAGCAAGUUAGUGACAAUGCUCUUCAGUCCAUAGUUCUAGAGCCUAAACAUAAAGUAACUCUUCUCCAACUUGUGAUGAAAUUGGACUUGUUUAAGCUUUCCCUGUUCCUGGCAGCCCAGCCUGGAGGGUCAUCAGCAUUAGCAUUACCUGGUGAGGAGGGAGCAACACCAUUAGAUUUGGCUUUACAACAUGGACACUCCAAACUAGUUGAGGUCUUCACAAACUUCCAGGGCAGUCACUUGCUUGACAUUUCAAGAGCAGAGAUCUGUGAUGGUGCCUGCGUGCAGCUUGUUCAUUCAUCGGGAGCUCUGAGGCUGACAUUUAGCCACACUGCACAGCACUUGCUGGAGUUGGACAUUAAGCUCUUCAGAAAACACUUCUGGGACAGACCUCUUCUUUACCAGAGUAUUAAUUCAAACCAAGUUGAGACAGUGGAAAGUCCAAAAAUGCCCUGCAGUACAACAAGUUCUAUAGAAGUAGUUUCUUCGUCCAAGCAGUUCGUCAUUUAA